CAGCUCAACUCGACCCAUGCUAAUAAUGUCUCUGAAAAGAAUGCUGGUCAUCUUCCUUCUCAAUGGCUGCCUCUGGUCAAUGUCAUUAUCCCGAUCUUCGGAGUCCUCCGGAUCACGCUCAUCUGAAUCAGGUUCAAGCUCUAUCAGCGGCCGUCCACAGAAAGCGAAAUUUCAGAAAGGCAAAGGAAAAUGCAUGGCUGGAGAUCCCUGUCCGACAGGGUACGAGUGUCGAACGGAACAGAUCACAGUGACCUCAAGCUCGCCUGAAUGUCACGAGCCAGAUAUUCGGUCAGAGGUCUUUGCCAGAACUGAGGAACGGAGGAACACUCCAAUCACUGCUCUAAACGCUAGCGACUUCUACACGAACGACAGUGUGUUUUUGUUCCGGACACUUCCAUUCAUUAGGUUCACUGAUUUGUCCAUAGGAACUACUGUGGUCUUCUUCGAAAGACUCUUUCUUGUUGAAAACAGCGAGUUUCGCAAUACCUGGACUUUGGAAGAUCUUGUCUACUUCAAUGACGAUCUUGUCUUAUCUCUACACAGUAUACAGCCAAACUCCCCAAAUUCGGUGCUCCAGACUGCGUUGGAGUUGAAUCUGUGGAGGAGGGAAGAAGGUGUUCUGAAGAUCGCGGUCCAAACCUUAAAUUUUGACUUCAAUCUGUCUAACUCCGGUGUAGUUUCAGUGAAUUUUUAAAAGUUUCAAAGGCAACAGCUUUAAUGAGCGUUUUCUUCCAAUAAAAGGCAUUGAAUCUUGACGUCCACAA